GCUCUUCUGAUCCACCGUUCUAAGCUUUCGGUGGUGCAGCUCUUCAUAGCUCCAGAACAUUCUACGUCCCAUAAACCCUAGGAAUAUCAUCUUCAACACUCAAUAGCCGAAGACCAGCCAUCGACCAUUUCUUUUUGUGUCCUCAGUUUAGAAACCGAGAAAGAAGGAACGAAAGAGGAAAGGCGAGCAACCUUAAUGGCGGAAGAGCAGCAGCUACGGCUCGACCUGGAGGAGUUGAGACACCUUGAGAGCGUUGCGAAGCGUCCGCGUGUUCUCUCACUUCUCUCCUCGGAGAUCCACAGCGUCGACGCCAAGUUGGCGAAUAUAAGAGCUGUGGCUGCUAAGCCUGUGGUAUCCAAUGAUCAAUCAUCGGUUACAGCGACUGCGGCGGCUGUAAAUUAUGUGACGCUUGGGUCGUUCAGUUGGGAUCAAGAUAACGAGAAGAUCAAGAUAUAUGUGCUCCUCGAGGGUGUCAAUGAAGAAAAGGUUGAAAGUAACUUUGGAGAAAUGUCCGUGGAUGUAAAAUUUCAUGAUGUUCAAGGGAAGAAUUAUCGCAUUGCUAUUCCAAAGCUGAAUAAGGAGAUUAUGCCUGAGAAAUGCAAGGUGUUGGUCAAACCAACAAAAAUUAUCAUUUCGCUUUUCAAAGCUUCAAAAGGAAACUGGUUGGACCUCAAUUUCAAAGAAGAUAAGUUCAAGCCAAGCGUGGACAAGGGCAAGGAGAAGGAUCCCAUGGCUGGAAUCAUGGAUUUGAUGAAGAAUAUGUAUGAUGAUGGUGACGACGAUAUGAAGCGAACGAUUGCCAAGGCAUGGAGUGAUGCUAGAUCUGGAAAGAACGCAGAUCCCCUCAAAGGCUUUGGGCGCUGAAUGCAAACAAAAACUAAGGUCUGAUGGUGAUUUUGCUUUGUUUAAUAUAUGUUGCCUGCCUCAUUAUGUACUUGGAAUUACUUAAUGGCUGCCGAGAGCUAGAACAGAAACAAUUUGCUACCUUUAUAUUCUUGAGUGGCGAGUGAAUCAAGUUUAUAUGUGAA